AGGGAGGAGAAGGAGAUCGGCGUAGGCGCGUGCGGGUUGCUGGUAGGCUGAAGUCGUCAGCAUGGCGGAACCCGCAGACGGGGCAGGUUUGGAGGCGGCCUCGGAGGGGCUCUUGCUGAUGGCAGCCGGCGAUGAGGAGGGGGCCGCGGAGGAGAUCGUGGAGGUGGUGACCUAGGCGCCUGGACCCGAUGAUCUGGCUGAUGAAAUGGAAGAUGUGGAUUUAGAUGAAGAGGAGGCUGCUUGGGAGGAUGUUGAGGCAGAGGAAGGCAUGGAGGCCCAAGAUGACAGUGAGGUCACGUUCUCCAAACACACGGCAUCUGUUUUCUGCGUCAGUCUUGACCCCAAGACCAACACGCUGGCAGUGACAGGCGGUGAAGAUGACAAGGCUUUUGUGUGGCGCCUCAGUGAUGGUGAGCUCCUCUUUGAAUGCUCAGGACACAAAGAUUCCGUCACUUGUGCUGGUUUCAGCCAUGAUUCCACAUUCGUGGCCACGGGUGACAUGAGUGGACUGAUAAAAGUUUGGCGGGUGGAUGCCAAAGAGGAGAUCUGGUCUUUCGAAGCGGGCGACUUGGAGUGGAUGGAGUGGCACCCUCAGUCCCAUGUCCUUCUGGCUGGCACUGCUGACGGCAACUCCUGGAUGUGGAAGAUCCCUAGUGGAGAGUGCAAGACCUUCCAAGGCCCGUCCUGUCCAGCUACCUGUGGUCAUGUCCUUCCUGAUGGGAGGAGAGCUGUGGUCGGUUACGAAGAUGGGACCAUGCGCAUCUGGGAUCUGAAGCAUGGCAGCUCGCUGCACGUCCUCAAAGGUCAGGAUGGGCACCAGGGCCCAUUGACGUGCGUGGCCAGCAAUAAGGAUGGCAGCCUAGUCCUGACAGGCUCUGUUGACUGCCAUGCCAAGCUAGUGAGCUCUGCAACAGGCAAGGUUGUGUCUGUUUUCAAGGAGGAGGCCAUUGUCCCCAAGUCUUCUGCUGAGGAGGCUGAAUCCAACUCAGUUGAAUCUCUGGGCUUCUGCAAUGUGAUGCCGCUGGCUGCUGUUGGCUACUUAGACGGGACCUUGGCCAUUUAUGACGUCGCCACACAGACCCUGAGACACAACUGCCAGCAUGAGUCGGGGAUUGUACAGCUCCUGUGGGAAGAGAGUUCCCCUGUGGUCUACACCUGCACCCUGGGUGGGGCUGUGUGCCUCUGGGAUGCCCGCUCAGGCAAGCUGAUCAGCGAGUACCGGGGCCACUCAGCGGAAAUCCUGGACUUUGCUUUGAACAAAGACGCUUCCAUUGUGGUUACCACUUCUGGCGACCACCAGGCCAAGGUCUUCUGUGUGCAGCGCCCUGACCGCUAACAGGGCUCCUCUCGAGCAGUGAUUGGCACUGUGAAGAAGCAGCCCCCGUGUGGAUGCAAGUGGCCACACCAGUGGGACUGUGGUGGGGUGGGCAGGGUGGGUAUCAUCCCGCCUAAGAGGGCAUCUAAUGAUUUUGGGAAGGGAAAGCUUUGCCACCCUAUCCCCCGACUGUCCGAGGGCUAAUUUUUUGGAGUUUUGGAUGAGAAGCUUUUAAUUAUUCCCCCUGCCUAGUACUCUGAAGAGCCACAAAGGUGUGCAAACACACUGUGUCUGGUCUGGGGGAUAGAUCAUCUGCAUGACUGUGGUGGCAGAGGUGUGCCAUGCCUUUUUCUGCAUUUUUUCUGGUAUGGCUCCCCCUUGUAUAACUUGCAAAGGAGUGUGCAAAAACCCUGGUAAUCAAAGGCAUUGGCUUCCAUCCACUUCUGCAUAAGCUGGGACAGGUGGAUGGCUUCGCAACCUCUGAAAUGACAAGGAAGUAUGUCCUCCCACCUCCCCUGUUUGAAACCUUUGCCCUUGGUUUGGGUGAGCAAAUUGUGUGGCUUGGCAGGUAGGGAUCGGGUUUAGCCAGAGUUCUGACGCUCACACAUUGUCUUGGAAACAUCAUCUUAUGGUUGGUUGAAUAAAACAGCCUGGGAGUUGGGCAGUGGAUCUCUCCAGCAACAAAUACACAAUUUGUUCGAACGAUCCCUCUGGCCGCUUCUAUAUCAGAUGACAUCGUGAUGCAAUAAAAAAGAACAAAUGAAAUAAGAAAGGCUAUCAUUUUCGCAAGGACUUCGUUUGGGGACCUAUUUGUCCAUGGUCAAACAGUGAGUCGGUUCACUGUUGUCUACUCCCAAACCAAUGGUCAUUAAAUAAAAAUAAAAAUGUG